AUGGAUGACAGUCAAAAGAUACUAUUUAGCAUAUUGAAAGAAUAUCAUGAUAGUAUUAUUCAAGACAUUCAAGGAGAUAUGAUCUUUGCCUUAUUUGAACAACAAAUAAUUUCAGAUAUUGAAUACAGUAAUAUUAAAUCUGAGAGAAACCGCGAGAAAGAAGUUUCUCGUUUGCUUGAACUAUUACCGUCAAAAGGUAGGAAUGGUAUCAAUCAGUUCCUAAAUCAUUUGUCAACACAUUAUUCAUGGAUAGCUCGUCUCUUACAACAUUCCAUAACAAUUAAAUAUAAUGUCACGUUUUCAAAAAAAAAUCAGGAGUCUUUAACUGCUGGUGAAGUACCUCAAUUAUCAUCAAGACAUGUAUCACGAGAUAAACAUGUAAAAACAUUAAAAAAACUAUUAACAGAGUUAGAAGUGAAUAAUUUUAUUAUUGUAAAUGGUAUGACUGGCUGUGGAAAAUCUAGCCUAGUCGUUGAAGUGUUAAAUGAUCCCUUCAUUACAAUGCAAUACUUUCAGGGAUUUGUACAAUGGAUACACGUUGGGCGAGAAAAUUCUUCACAUGCUGAAUGUAUUCAAACUGAAAUAUUAAAUAGAUUAAAUAACCAAGAACAGCUUAUUACACCUCCUCUAAUUAUAGAUUAUGAAGAUACAAGGAAAAAAAUUCGAGAUUUAUGGAAACAAAAAGCAUUAACCGGAGGUUUAUUGAUUUUGGAUGAUGUAUGCAGUAAUGAAAUAGUUAAAUCACUGGAUAUUGGAUGUAAAAUAUUAAUAACAACAAAUGAUAUAAGUAUUAUGGAUGAUAUAAUAAAUACUCGAGUGAAAUAUUUAAAAGUAAAUGAAGGAUUUGAAGAAAAAGAAACUUUAGAUUUAUUUUCAAAAUGUUUAAGGGUCGACUUUAAGUCUUUACCUUCACAUGCUUCAAAACUUCAUAGUAUAUGCAAAGGAUUUCCAUUAACUAUUUCACUUAUUGCUGCUCAACUUGAAAUUCAUAGAGAAGAAACCAUUAAUAAUACUGAUAGAUGGGAAUUUUAUUUGAAUGAAUUAUCAGAUAAAACUAGUGAACCUUUUAAAUAUACACGUCAUAGUCAAAAUCAGUUUAAGAGUCUUGAAAAAGCAAUAGAAAUGUGUAUAAAGAGUUUGCCAGAUGACUUACAAAAGAAAUAUCAAGAUUUUUCUUUAUUUGUAGAAGAUUUAAAUAUCAAACCAGAAGUUUUAUCAAUACUUUGGAAUAUAAAUCCAAUUGAAGUUGAAGAUAUCAUGUCAGAAUUAAUGCGAAAGAGUUUAGUAGUUAGAGUUUGGAAUCAACCUUUAAAUAGCUAUGUUUAUUCAAUACAUGAUUUGCUCUUAAGUAAUUUAAAAAAAAUGAUAAAUCAUCAGGAUUAUAAAGCAUUGCAUAAAAAAUGUAUUGAUCGCUAUAGAGAUUAUUGCAAAGGAAAUUUUGCCAAUCUUCCAAAAACUGAUAAUUAUAUAUUUUUAUAUUUUGGAUAUCACCUUAAAAAUGCUGAUAUGCUAGAUGAAUUUCCUCGGUGGUUUUUAAAUUUAAGGUUUAUUGAAUCGAAAAUAUGUGCAACUGGUCCUGCUGACUUAUUAGCUGAUUUGAAAAAGUACAAAAAAUAUAUUGAUGUACAGAGUAUUUAUCAUGAGUAUAUUAAAGAAAUUGAAAAUUUUGUCAAACGUUGUGGACCUAAUUUAUAUCGAACUAAGUGUGAUAUUGUCCAGCUAGGCCUUCAAGAACCGGAAACUUCUUUUAUAUAUACUGAAUCAUAUAAACUUGCCAAAGCUAGUACGCAAUUAUAUUUUUACUAUGAUAUUCGACCUUCUCAAAAUUUUCAUCCAGAACCUCAUAUAUCUAUUGUCAGAGAUAAAAUUGAAACAGUUAUUUUUGGAAAUCGGCAUGAUGAGGUUUUAAUUGCUACUAAUAGUGGAAGUAUAAAAUUAUGGAAUAUUAUCUCUGAUAAAUGUUUAUAUUUUUAUAAUGGUCACACCAAAGCAGUUACUCAUAUGGUUAAAAAUAAAUUAAAAAAUCUAUUUUUGUCAACAUCUGAUGAUUCAACCAUACGUAUUUGGAAUAUGAAAAGUUUCCCUGAAACUGAAAAUUCAAAAACACGAACACCAUCACCCGAAUCUAGACAAGAACAUUGGCAAAAUGUAUAUCAUCAAGAUUAUAAAAGACCAACUGGAAAUACUAAUACUGAUUGUGUUUUUGUGUUAGAACAUGAUUCACCUGUCAUUUUUGCACAAUUCUCUCCAUAUGAUUAUAACCUAGUUGUUUCAUCCUCUACUGAUAAAACUUUAAAGAUAUGGAAAUUGAGAAAAGGCAAUUAUGUAAUUGAAAGGUCAUUCACACUUAAUUGUAUCAUCAAUAGAUGUUAUUUUGUUGGAAAUAUGGGAAAUAUGACACAUGCAGCUAGAAUACUUUUUUCAACAAUUCCAAAUAGUGCAAUUACAACUAGUGCCAUAUAUAGAUGUGAAUGGCCGUUUGACCAUUAUGCUGGAUUAUUUUAUUUCAAAGAAAAAUUGUUAUCAUUUUUGUAUCUACCUAGUUCAGAAGGACAAGAUAAAUUGCUGGUUUUGACACCAGAUCUAGUGCAAAGUUAUGAAUUUAACUGGGAAAAUGAAAAUGAAAAUAAAACUUCCCUACCAUUAGUCCAGCAUAAUCCAGUAGCUUACCGACAUUACAAAUUGUUUUCUAUUUCUGAGGAGAAUACAAAUAAUAAUUUACGGUAUAUAGCGUUUGGUCUGAGUAAUAGUACAAUAAAAAUUUGCAAUUUAUCCAAUGGGUACAAUUUUCUGGAUUUGUAUAAUUCUAAUGAAGGCAUAUCAAACUUAGACUGGUUUUGGUCUGAAACAGAUCAGAGUAACUGGUUACUUAGUGCUGCUAACAAAUCUAUUAGAUUAUGGUAUCUAAAGGAUAUUACGCAAUAUGCUUGUGCUCAUAAAACAAAUCAAUCCAACAGUAAUUUUGAAAAUAAGUGCAAAAAUGAAAUCUUACCUCUUCAAAACUAUAAAUUAUUUUCUAAAGAUCAAAAUUUAUAUUGUUAUAAACUCCAACGAAAUUUUGAUGCAGUAUGGGUGGAUAAUGACUCUGUAUUAGUUGCAGCUGUUAAUAAAUGUGGUACAUUAAAGGUACUUUUCGAAGGAUUGGAUCAAUGGUCUAUGAUUGAUGAAAGAGUUUUAGCUUUGACCAUAGUACAGUCACACCAAUGUUUUGAUGAAAUAAUGAUAAUUGUUGCUUGUGAAGAUUCAUCCGUGUACAGUCUGAAAUUUCAAACAUCAGAAUAUUUAUUUAAAACUUCACAAUCGGUUAAACAAAUUGUUGCUUGUUUUGACUGCGGAUAUUUGACCAUAGCAUUUUUACUAAAACAAAAUGCAAAUAAAGAUCAAGCUAUAGAGAUUUGGUCAAAUGAAAAUAAAUAUGAAGUGAUUGUUCAUGAUUUCAUUAAUUGUUUUGUGUUUCAUGAUAAAGUUAUCUUGCUGUACAAUGUUCAUGCCAUUGAUAUAUUAAAUCUCCUUGAAAAAUCUACAAUAAAAUUGGAGAUUAAUUGUAUUAAAAUAAAUGGAAGCUCGAUGCUUGAUCCAUCAACUUUAGCUGUGGUUAACUAUGGCAGAUAUUUGGAAAUAUAUCAAUUAACUUUAGAUUGGAAUUUAAAUCUAAUUUUCAAGUAUCCAAUACCAUUCUCAGAACACGAGAUCACACCCAUCAGUGUAUCAAACAAUAAGAGGUUUAUUGCUAUUGGUGGACAAAAGCAUUUAGUUUGUGUUGACAAAAAAUUAAACACUCAUAAAAAAUAUACAUUUGAUCCAAGUGUGAAUAAUAUACAAUCAAUGAUUUGGUCGUCAGAUGAUACACGGAUAGCAGUAAAAGAAGACAAUCAAAUAAUUACUCUUGAUAUUGAGUCUGGUAUAAUACUAGCAAGUGUGAAAUUAACAGUUGAUAAGUUUUUUGCAAAUCCCAUACUAAAUAAAUAUAUUGCCGUAAAUACCACUGGGCAGUUAGUAAAGUUGAAUUUACCUAUUGAUAGCUAA